GUGCGUCCCUCCGACGGUCUCUGGGUGUGUCCUCCAGGGAGUGGGAUGCCUUCGACUGCCUGUCCCGUUUCUCAGACUGACGCUCUCUCUGUCCUCCCCGCCUCCCCUCACUCCUUUUCUCCCUCCCUUCCUCCUUGUGGGGAGGCUCUUGGCCCGGGUCCCUGAGCCCGGGCUGGUGCUGGCAGAGGACGCAGAAGGGGUGAGGUCACGUCUCCCUUGAGCCCCGAGCCGCUGGCUUUUCAGAGCCUCGCCUCGAGCCGGCGGCCAGAGCCCCAGACCACACAGACCGUGCGCUCCUCCGCCCUCCCGGCACCGCCGGCCUCGCCCAUGUCUCAGUACGCCCCCAGCCCGGACUUCAAGAGGGCUUUGGACAGCAGUCCCGAAGCCAACACUGAAGAUGACAAGACCGAGGAGGACGUGCCCACUCCCAAGAACUACCUGUGGCUCACCAUCGUCUCGUGUUUUUGCCCUGCGUACCCCAUCAACAUCGUGGCUUUGGUCUUUUCCAUCAUGUCUCUAAACAGCUACAACGAUGGAGACUACGAAGGAGCCAGGCGGCUUGGGCGGAAUGCUAAGUGGGUAGCCAUCGCCUCCAUCAUCAUUGGCCUUCUCAUCAUCGGCAUUUCUUGUGCAGUUCACUUCACAAGGAAUGCCUGAGGAACCAGCGGUCAGUGGGCUGUGAGCAUGGAGGAUGGACCUCAUCCACACACACCCAAAGGAGUUUCUGAGGAAUGGAUCCUCGACUUCAGACUGUGAGAUCUUUUCCUCCAGGACUCUCCAGAGGCAGGUCCCUGGCAAAUGAACAAGAAAAAAAAAAAAAAAAAAAGUCCAAAAUGUAGGAAAUCCAAGCUGCACAGCCGGAUCAGCCAAAGUCAUUGAUUUGCAAAAAUGAAAAGAAAACAGAAAAAAGAAAAAUGAAGUCUCACUGUCUCAGUUGAGCGAAUCCCGUUGUGUCCACUCCUCUCCUCCAGAGGCGAGCCUCAGGAAAUCACUUAACUUUUCACUGAGGGGAUCCGGGGGAUCUCCAUACUGGGGGAGACGGAGGUUUCUAGGAAGAGCAGCGGGUCUGGUAUUUACGACGUUGAGCACAAACGUUUGCAGCAUGUUUAAAAUUGUCCAGUAGCGUUCAAGUUGUGGAUUUGCUUUUCCUUUUAUUCUUACAACCUUCAGUAACUCCUCCUCUGGGAGUCGGCACUCCCAUGCCCAGAGUUUACCCAUCUGGUCAUUAAACACUCAAAGAAGGGGCUUUUCUGGUCUCUUGUCUUGAUCCUUACGUUUCCAAAUAGGCCCCCUCCCUUGCUUGCAUCCACGUUGGUCGACUUGACCAAAACCUCACUCUCGCUCAAACGCAGGCUCUGAGAAUGGACUUAGUGGCUGAUCCUAGGUACAUGAGCACUUCCUCUAUCCCAGUUUUGGGAAUAAACUGGCUGUAUUUAUAGAAUGCGUGUUUUUUUUUUUUUUUUUUUUUUUCAAUUUCUCACUCUCUCUCCUCUCUUUCUCUAGCAAGUCUCAGGCAAGAUCUUUGAUUUUCCUGGAUGCCACCUGGAAAUGCCACCCAUUGUAUUUCUUUUCUGUCAAAUGUAAACCCUUUAGGUGUGAAUGUACUGGUUCAAUGAUGCCAUUAUUCUGCCUGCCAGAACACGGCAACCCAGUGUCUCACAGAGCACAAGGGGUGUGCCACUGGUGGUACAUAAGAUAAUUUUUAAGUAGUUUCUAGGAACAACAUUAAGUAAUACCAAAUCACAAAGAACGUCUCCCAUUUUCUACUCUUUUUUCAUCCUGAUUACAGCAAGGAAAAAGUCUCUGUUUAGUGCUAGCAGGUCCUUUACACCUUUCAGACACUACGGCUCUUUCCCCUUUUUUACAAAGAAGGAGCAGGUCUCAGGUUCAGAGUCUUCUGUCUAGAAAGAAUGUAAUGAUAUUGUUUUGUGUCAUGGUAUUUAUUUUAUUUAUUACCUUCCAUUUACAGCUUCCCACAGUGGGAGAUAGGAUACAUUGUUUCUGUUCAAAUAAAUUAACUUAAGAAAAAUAGGAGAACUCAAGAAAAUAUCAAGUAAUUAACACACUACAUAUGUCUAUAUGGCAAAAGUCACUUCAAAGAAUGAAUGUCAGAAACAUGGUGAUAAUGAAGCAAAAGAAAGGCAGAUUAUGCUGGCUGGGCAUGGUGGCUCACGCCUGUAAUCCCAACAAUUUGGGAGGUCGAGGUGGGCGCAUCACUUGAGGUCAGGAGUUCAAGACCAGCCUGACCAAUAUGGUGAACCUCUAUCUCUACUAAAAAUACAAAAAUAAGCCGGGCAUGGUGGUGCAUGCCCAUAAUUCCAGCUACUAGGGAGGCUGAGGCAGGAGAAUCACUUGAAUCCGGAAGGCGGAGGUUGCCAUGAGCUGAGACUGCACCACUACGCUCCAGCCCAGGUGACAGAGCAAGACUCCAUCUCAAAAAAAAAAAGAAAAAGAAAAAGAAAAAAGAAAGGCAGAUUAUUCUAAUUGAAUGAAUAAGAGGCUGAGAGUCAAUAUCUGAGUUCUAAUGCCCUCUUGUUUUUGCAGAGUUUUUAAUUGGCCACUAACUAGCUAUGCAAGCCGAUUUUAGGCAAGUUUCUUAGCCUCUCUGUGCCUAAUAUUCCUUCACCUGCAAAAUGGGGAUACGAACGCCUGCCUCCUUACCUCACAGCGCUGUUAUGAGAAUUAAUUGUUGUCAUAGAUGUGACUAACCAUUGGCGGGGGGGUUUCUAAGUACUAUACCAAUACAAAUUUCAGCAUUUUUUCAUAUACUGAACCCUAGCAAAAAAAUAAAUAAAAGCUGAUGAACAUCAGAUUCUACCUGUCAUUUUACCCGGAUGUUGUGAUGAGCCAGCACUUGUCCCAGGAGGACGUUGAAUCAGGGACACGAAAUCUCAACACACAGAGAUUCUAGCAUCAUUCCAAUAGACUGGAUCCUGAUUUCUGUUUCUGACAUCCUGUUUUUUGUUUGUGCGUGUUUGGGUCCCUGGUCUUUUACCCAAAUCAAAUGAAAGGUGUUGCUGAGAGGCAGAAUAAAAAUGGUUUUAAGUAAGCCUGUGUA